AUGCCGACGCCUGAUAAAAUCCUCUUGCGUAAAAUAAAAAAACGCGAAAAAAGCAAAUUAAAAUUAAUAGCCUCAAAAAAACAAAACGAAGAAAAUGAGGAAAAUACAGAUAGCGGAAAUAUGGCUGUUAUUACAAGUGAUGUGAUGAAAAGACCAUCUGAAGAUACAGAAUCUGAUUCUAAUAAACUGCCAAAAAAAAAACUAAAAAAGAAGAAGAAAGACGAUACAAUCCGUUCUGAAACAAAGGAAGAAAUAACAACAGAUAAUAAGAAUUCCGGUCAUGAUGAAAGCAAGGUUAAAGAGGAAAAAAAUUAUAAAGUUGAAGAAAAACAUAAUGAAAAUAGUCAAUUGCCUGGAUCAAGUCUAUGCCUAGGCAUUUUAUCUGAUCAAAAAUUCUCAUCUCUUGAAGGAAAAGUAUGUGAAGCGACUUUAAUGGGCAUAAAAGAUAUGGGCUUCACAACGAUGACGGAGAUUCAAGCUAAGGCUAUACCUCCACUGUUGGAAGGACGCGACCUUGUAGGUGCAGCGAGAACUGGAUCAGGAAAGACUUUAGCAUUCCUUAUACCAGCAAUUGAACUAAUAUAUAAACUGCAAUUUAAGCCUAGAAAUGGUACUGGUGUGAUUAUUUUGUCACCAACCAGAGAGCUCUCUAUGCAGACAUUUGGUGUGUUAAUGGAGUUAAUGAAGUAUCACCAUCACACUUACGGCUUGGUUAUGGGAGGGGCAAAUAGAAGUACAGAAGCUCAGAAACUAUCUAAAGGCAUUAACAUACUUGUGGCUACACCUGGCAGGUUAUUGGAUCAUUUACAAAAUACACCAGAUUUCUUGUACAAAAACUUGCAGUGUCUUAUCAUUGAUGAAGCAGACAGAAUACUGGAAAUUGGGUUUGAAGAGGAAGUCAAACAGAUUAUUAGACUACUGCCAAAACGACGUCAAACAAUGCUGUUCAGCGCAACACAGACAAAGAAGACUGAAGCAUUGACAGCCUUAGCGGUGAAACAUGAGCCUGUGUAUGUAGGUGUUGACGAUCACAGAGAACAAGCCACAGUUGAUAGUUUAGAGCAAGGUUAUAUUGUUGUGCCAUCAGAAAAACGUAUGAUGGUCUUAUUUACAUUCCUAAAGAAGAACAGGAAGAAAAAAGUCAUGGUUUUCCUCUCAACUUGUAUGUCUGUAAAAUAUCACCAUGAAUUGUUUAAUUAUAUCGAUCUUCCAGUUAUGUCAAUACACGGUAAACAACAACAAACUAAACGCACAACUACAUUCUUCCAAUUCUGCAAUGCCGAAAGUGGUAUACUGCUGUGUACGGAUGUAGCGGCCAGAGGUCUUGAUAUACCUGCUGUUGAUUGGAUUGUUCAGUAUGAUCCCCCUGAUGAUCCUAAGGAAUAUAUUCAUCGAGUUGGCAGAACCGCUAGAGGUCUCGGUACAAGUGGACACGCGUUAAUGUUUCUGCGUCCUGAAGAACUUGGUUUUCUUAGAUACUUGAAACAAUCUAAAGUUACGCUAAACGAAUUCGAAUUUUCUUGGAACAAGGUAGCUGAUAUACAACUACAGCUGGAGAAAUUAAUAUCAAGAAAUUACUUCCUUAAUCAAUCUGCAAAAGAAGCUUUUAAAAGUUAUGUCAGAGCAUACGAUUCGCAUCAUCUGAAGACAAUAUUCGACAUAGACACCAUUGAUUUGGCCAAAGUCGCCAAAGCUUUCGGAUUUACGGUUCCACCUGCGAUUGAGUUAAAGGUCACUCCUAAAGGACCUAUGCAAAAGAAGAGAGGAGGCGGUGGUUUUGGAUAUUUUAAAUCAUUAAAUGCAACAGGACAUAAAAAGACGGAAAAAACUAAGAUAUAUAGACAAAAAGGUAACAAUAAACGAGCUGUCAGCUGA